GUCAUAUGUGGACGCCCAAAAACCACUUCCGAAUAAUUAUACAUAAAUAUAGCUUGCAAGCGUUGGUUCGGGAGUUCGGAAAAGUUGUUGUUAUUGGUGUAUGAACUGGUCAUACAAAUUUGAUGAAUUAGAGUCGUAUUGCAGAAGGCAGAUUGUGCGAAAGAUUUCAGCGAUCAUGUACUGCGCAGUAUAUGGAUGUUACAGUAACAGCAAAAAUAAUUCUGACAAUUCUAUUCAUUUUUUCACUUUCCCAAACGGCGUAAAAAAUACAGAUGAAAAAAAACGAGAAAAAAUUUGGAUUGAAUUUUGUAAAAGAAAGGGUUACAAACCUACAAAGAACUCGACUAUUUGCUCUCUGCAUUUUGAGAACGAUGCCUAUAUACCAUCCUGUUCGCCGUCUUUUCUAAAUUCAAUUAACUUUUCGGGGAAAAAGAAAGCCAUGCUAAAGGGUGAUGCUAUACCCACAUUAAAUAAACCCAAGACCGCAAGUGAUGCUGAAAAACUAACUGCAAAGAGUCGAUGCACAGGCAGUCACUCGAGAAGAAAGGAUAUUGAUGCCAUGGUAGGAGAAUACAUAGAGAACAAAUGUGCCCCAGUCGAAGAAGAAAUUGUAUACGCAGAUGCAUGCAGUUCUCGUGGGGAGGUUAUUUUCCAUGAGAACUCAGAUUUAAUCCAAACAACGCACCAUGCUAGUUCUUUGUCAAAAAGAAAAAUUACACAAAAUAAAAAAGACAAAGCGACACAAAUUGGAAAGCCGUGAAGAUGCUACAAUAAUCAAAAACAAUUUAAAAGUGUCGCUGUUCAAACAUUCAUAACGGCAGAGAGACUAAAGGCAGACCUUUUUACAAAAAAGGCAAAAAUGACAUCCACUAGUUCACAGACAGAUGAAACAAAAGCCACUCUGGGUUGUGUACAGUUGCCAUUUGGCACAUCUGAUAUUGGUCUUGACGAUAACAGAUUUUCCAAAACUGUGGACAAAAA